CAGGCAGGCUCAAAGGAGAGAAGAGAAGCUGGCGCGCGUUGCGUUCAAGAGAAUUUCAUCCUUCCUGAGGAGCGUGGAGCGAAGACGUUGGCAUGAUUUUGAAAAUUUGAGUCAUCACGAUCUAACAUUCCAAUUUCGAAACCUGGCAGCUGUUUCGAUCAGCAUGUCGAAGAGGUCUCGACGAGAAGAGUUUCUCGAAGCUUUUAUGGAUGGCGCUCGGUGCGAUGCGAUGGGAUUUCCGGUUUUUGUUGUGAGAAAUAAAUUUCAUUUCGGUCGUACUCGUCGAUUCUACGCUUGCAAGAAAUUCGUGCCGGACUCCGAAGAGAGUUGCGGAUCGAUUUCAGCUUCAGUCAAGACAAUUUGACGAUAACGCGACGAUCUAUGAGACCCGUGGCUGUUUGUCGCUCUUCGAUGUACUGAUCACUCGUACGUCAGAACGAAAGGUUUUCCUCGCGGUUUAAAUUUCGCUCUGGAUAAUUUGCGUGCGUUUUUCGUUUGACUCAUCGUUGUCGAGGACUGGUGUUAUCCUUGCACUUCGACGUCCCAGAUCCUAUAACAGCGACUGUGCGCCACUCGCAUAGAAGAAACUCGGCGUAGAGUCUGUCGAGAAGAUCUUGGGGAUUUUUGCCAAAGUUGAUGCCCGUGUAUUCUGCCAUGAAUAAGCUGAAGAUUAACCGGGCCAAACCUGUAGACCUGGCCUCCCAUUCUCAGCAACCGAGUUUCUUGGAGAGCUCAUGGCAUGGGACUGGAUCAAGAACGAACGAGGCACGAGCGGAGGCGCCAAAGGCGGACUACCGCUUUAAUAAUCUCACAGGCUCGCAGCUCUCAUCACGCCCUUCUUCUGGCUACUUUUCGCUAAGCCAGCAGUCAUCACAGCCAACCUUGACAGACUCCCAAACACAGCAGCAACUAUCUCAAAAAUCAUUUCAGUCGGACCCCGGAUUCGACAAUUGGCGUUAUGGAUCAAGAGUAAGAGAUUUCAGCAACAAAAGGCCACGUUCUCCUAAUCGCCCGGCAUUUCCUUCGUAUUUCCGUACCAACGUGAAAGAUGGAGCUUCGAAGUCGUCGGUGACUCCUACUCCCACACUUCUCCAGACAGCGCAAGGCCUUCCACAGAGGACAUCGGAGAGCUCACAGGCCAAAUGCACAUUGACAGAAGUGAUGGAGCAACGGCUGAUCGCUUUAGAUAAUUGUCUAAAUGGAAUCUUUGGUGGUUUGGACGGGCUCCAGAAAAAUCUCUUCAAUGUCCAAGCAUCGGUCAAAGAAGCCGCCGUGGAAUCUGAUAUUUACAGACAGAAAGAAGCAGUCCGCCAACAUCUCCUUCAAGAACUGGUAGAUCAAGUGGAAGAAAACAGAAAGAAUUUCGUGGUCCUGAAAACGAUACCGGAAACAGUGCGCGACGAGAUGAAAAAACUUCAGAUUGAGGAGUUGUCCAACACAUUGAAGAAGAUACCAAAUCAGAUAGCAGAACAGAUCACAGAAAUGAAGGCUGAACUUCUCAAAACUAUGAAAAGGGAAUUCCAGGUGGCGAUCACUAACUGGAGAAGGACAGAACCACAGGGUCCCUCCAGUGCAAGGCGUUAUCAGAAUGACAAGAGUCCGAACAGCGAGAAUACUCCUGAAAGCAGUCAGUCCCUAUUCAAGGCGCCGAGUUCUCGGUCGCGCAACGUGUUGAGUCAAAAGCUUCUGAGAGUACCCAGUUUCAACGACAACAAACGAGCCAAAAUUCGCGUCAGUAAGGAAGAUUCGCGCAGCAAAAAGCCCACACGUGGCAAGAGGUGCACAUCUUCACCCGUUCGAAGCACUUCUGAUCAUCGAUCAUCCAAGGAAAACGUUCUGUAUGGUGAUCCGAGAGAGGAGGCUCGUGGUGAUGGGGGAACAAAUGCUCAUGCCAGGAAAGCUCAAGAAAAUCUCGCUGUGUCCGGGACGUCUGGUUUCAGAAGCAAAGAUCCUAGAGCAAAGCACAACGUGAACCAGUUAGCUGCUGAACCAGGAUGGAUCACCGUACGACGCUCGCAGGAAGACAAUCAAUCGUCUCCUCUCGAGGAGCAAAACGUUUCGAAACCAUCUCUGGCGAAUCCCAACAGGGAUGUUCCGACUCAAGCUCUUCUGCAGAAGGCCUCGACCACCGAGACUCAGUGUGAGCCGGUAGUUGAGCUCAUCAACACGGAGGGAGACGACUCGAGCUCGUUGGUAUACCUUGGCUCAAAAUUACCUCAGAAUGACGUGAAACCAGCUACCUUACCUGUGGAGAUCAUCGAACUCUCUCAGGAUUCUUUGGAUGAAACUCGUCUGAUACGCCAAAGAUUAAAAGCCCGUCGCCGACGAUUUCACUGCCUUUGACCCGUGUCACACAUCCGACAUAUUACAAGUUAUGGCUCGAUACUGAACUUUGAAAGGCAUGACCUCAGAGUCUUGUGCUUCAGAAUCACAGGAGUUGGCUCACGUAAAAUGGUAGAAUGCGAGGAGAUAUUCCGUCUCUAAGUACAGAGAUGAAAUAUCUUUUGCUCGCGUGGUCCAUAUCUAUCUGAAAGCAGCAGGUUAAAGGUCCGAUGGCUCACGUAGACACGUACGUUGAUCAGGAGGUUGAAAUUUAGCAUCCGCAUUUCAACCAGGCUUUGAAUUGCGAUAUGAGGUGAGAAGCCGCUAGCAUUAGUUAGUGUAGCUGCUCUGGGAUUGCAGAUGAUGCACUUCCUAAUCACUUGUGCACAUAAUAAUGAGCUUGAAGGUUAGUGACUUGCAAUAUAAUCAGUAGCGGUCUGCAACUUCAUAGGCGACCUCUCUUAGUGAGUGAUUUUUCAUGGUGUGUAAAAUACACCUGAAAUGUCGAGCAUAGUACUAUAUUAAUUGUCUUGGUGCUGUGAAUCGAUCCAGCAAAUGUGGACGAAGCCUCUAGAGGUGUUUUUUUGUCUCUGAACCAGUUCAUCACAGUCAUGAGAACAGAUAAGUAGAACAAAGGUAUCCAGUACUUACUGAGGAACAGUUUGAAAACCAGAGUAGGAUAUGCAAAGAUCUGUUCAUAAAUGUUGUCCAUGAGGGAAAAAUUACUGAGCCUUGGUGACAACAUAGGUCAUUGUACAUCCUUGUAGAGCUUGGUGUAACAGGCUACAUUUGAAGGAGUCCGCACGCUGUCAAGUAUCCUAUCCUUGAUGCGUCUCCUGCUCAUUAAUACUAAUGUCUGAGGGUGGCUCCAGUUUUUCGACGAGGUCCAGUUAUUGGUUAUUUCAGUAAGAUCGAUGAAGUGAUCCUUCCAAUUUACUCAAAGAAUGCUGGAUUUCGAUCGUACGCCAUCAAGACGACUCUAGUACUCGUCCAUUAGACGUUAUGAUCAUAACGCCAUCAGUAAAGUAAACGUCUAGCUACCAAUAGUAAUACAAUUUGC